GACCACGUUUAGUUUGGCUCUGAGUUAAAACACUGAACUGACGCUUUCGUGUCAAAGACAGCGUUCAAGUUCGUUCGUUCCUGCUUUAAAAAGACGAGACGGACCCGCGGUGAAGUCAGACCAAUGGAAUAAAAAUAAAAUAAAAAAUAAUAAUAACAAAAAAAACCCCAGAGGACUUGGCUGGACUUGGCUGUGUUGCAGACUCCACCGCGCAGCGCCGACGAUGCUCUCCGCUUCUGUGGCUUUGACAUUACAAAGUGAGAUGGAAUAAAAGCCUAUCCGCAGUUUUCCAAGCUUUUUUCGGGGCUCAGUUUCCCUCAGAUGUGAUAACCAGAGCCGGCGGACUGUCGCAACCCGCUGCGGCGGUUAAGUCCUGGAAACCCACGGAGAGGAGAAGGAGAAGCGCGUUUUUCUUUCUUGCUUGCUUUCUUUUUUUUUUUUUUUUUUUUGAACAGCACCGCUACGUACUUGGGUUUGUUUUCUUGUGUGUGUGAAUUCACCGUUCACACACUGUAAUUCAUGUCCAGCUUCUUCCCAGCAAGGUGGGAUCUGAAUAAACCCGACAAGUCUUAUCGGCACUUGGAGCCGAGCAGCGCGGCGGACUCGUCGGAUGCCUUUUCGCCCUUCUCUCCAUCCGCGCCACUGUUUCCAUGAUUUGCAACGGGGAUUUUUUUUUUUUUUUUUUUAAUAGAGCAUGACUAGCCGUAGAGACAAAUUGAUUGGAUCGAUUUUGCUCCCGGGCUGCUUAUUUUGAGUAGCCCAUGCCCUUUCGGGUUAAACACGCAGAUCCCCCCUUGUUUUAAGCCGGAGCGCACGCCAGUUCCCGACUGAUGCCCAUUGAUUUAUGAUUUUUGUGGUGUUUCGGGUUUCGCGCAAGGACUUGGAUCCAUUUCGGGAACACCGUGCGUCCCCCCCCACGCUUCAGUUGCCCGAUUCGGAGCCGGAUACCUGUAACUUUCCUCUCCCAUGUGGAAAAACCCGUCUCUUUUUACCGGAGAGGAGCAGAUCUCGCCGUGCCUUUCGGUUCAAAGACACUGUCAAGACUGUUAUGGGACACGAUUUUAGGAGACUGGAUAACCUCGACUGAGGCAACACACACAUUGUCACGCACGCACAUCUGCUCGUACGCUCGCACAGACACAGCCGUCCAUUGCGCAUUAUCCAACUUCAGACCCUCGGCAGAACUGCAACAGCAUCGUGUGGAGGCUUUUUUUUUUCACCUGCGGAGCGCUUUCAUUUAUUCACCAUCGGCCACUGGAACAACUGGGAUUUUACACCCGUCUGGGAUUUCUACCAUGUCAGGUGCACGAUAUUGCAGGGGGACUCUCCUGAUCUGUCUGGUGGCCCUUUCAAAUGCACUUGCGGGUAAAAUCUCCCCAACCAGCUCAGAUGCCCUCCUCAGUUCCUCAGCAACGACCGCCAGUCCCUCUCCACCUAAUGUCUACCUUCCCGCCAACUUCAAACUGUCGAACGCUCAGCUGGCUUUCUUCUUGCGAGAGUCCCAGACCACCAGGCAGGCUGUUGGCGGUAGCAGUAAGACCAGUAGCAGCAGUAGCAGCCCCAGCAACGGACACCCACUGCAGCGCUCGGAGAGUUUUGUAGUCUUUCAGACCAAGGACCUCCCUGCCAUCAACAUAAGCUUUGGGCCAUUUGCCCGGGACCAAGCCCUGUCCAAGGAGCUGCUCCAGCCGGCUAGUCCACUGGAUAUCCCUGGCCAGCUGACAGUCAAUUGGAAGGUACGAGCCUUUAUUGUCCAGGCACGAGUCUUUUCCAGCAACCCCACAGUCCAGGUUUUUUUCUACAUUGCUGGCCGCGAUUGGGAUGACUUCAAGGCCCAGGACAAGCUGCCUUGUGUCCGUCUCCAUGCCUUCCGUGAUGUCCGGGAGAUUAAAACCUCCUGCCGGAUGAAAGGCAACCUGGCACAGUGCCUGGCUCAGCUGGACCUGCCUCCAUCAUGGUUCAACACCAACAUGGCCCCGCUGGGCCGGAGGAAAGGCGCCAGUGACAGUCUCCUGGACGGACUCACUAGUGAGACUCUCCAGGCUGAGCUCUACUACACCCUCCAUGAGCCCAAUCAAGGAGGGGAGUGCAGUGAAGGUUCAGGCCAUAGGGGUGGUGGUGGUUCCAGGGGAGAGCCGCUGUCACAGCACCCCCUGCUGCGUAUCGGUAGCAUCAGCCUGUACCAGGCAAGCCAGGAGCAGCUACUGGUGGACAAGCAGCUGGACAAGAACAUGUUCCUCAGGUUGCCUGAGAAGCCCCUGAAGCCUGGAGAGACCCUCAGGAUCUUCCUCUACUUGAUGCCGAACUCUACUGUUGAGCAGUUCACCCUCAAGGUCAAGGCGAAGAAGGGGGUGAACCUGCUCCAGACCAAGUCCAAAAGCGCCCAGUGGAAGGUGGACUGGGAGGUGCAGUCGGGCGCCAAGCAUUCCAUCACCACUAUCGAUGUGAACAAGAACAAAGCAGCGAAACAGGGUGAUAUCUUGGGGAACGUGGAGGUGAUGCAGCUGGAUUUUGAGAUGGAGAACUUCACCAGCCUGUCAGUGACCAGGAGGAUCAACUGGAACAUCGACUACAAGGGUCAGAACCCGCCUCCCGACUCGGAGAAGGUCGUGACGGAGCUGACCGUGGUGCAGAAGGACAUCCAGGCCAUCAUUCCUCUCGCCAUGGAUACUGAGAUUAUCAACACGGCCAUUCUGACUGGGCGUACCGUGGCCAUCCCUGUCAAGAUGGUUUCCAUAGAGAUGAAUGGCGCAGUCAAUGAUGUCUCCGCCUUCGUGCAAUGCAAGUCCUCCAAUGAAGACAUUGUUAAGGUGUCCAUGAAUUGUGACUAUGUGUUCGUCAAUGGGAAGGAGACUCGAGGAUCCAUGAACGCCCGGGUGAUCUUCAGCUACGAGCACCUGAGCGCGCCGCUGGAGCUGACCGUCUGGGUGCCCAAACUGCCCCUCCAGGUCCAACUGUCCGACAGCAACCUGAGCUUCAUCAAAGGCUGGAGGGUUCCCAUUCUGCCCGACCGAAGGAGCACCAGAGACAGCGAUGCCGACGAGGAGGAGGACGAGCGGCGGGUGAGUCGAGGCUGCACCCUGCAGUACCAGCGGGCCCUGGUGCGGGUCCUAACCCAGUUCCACACCACCUCCACCGAGGGCACCGACCAGGUCAUCACCAUGCUGGGCCCCGACUGGCAGGUGGACGUCACGGACCUGGUGCAGGACUCCCUCAAGGUGGCCGACCCCAGGAUUGCCGAGCUGGUGGACCGAACCGUGCUGGUGGGCCUGGAGCUGGGCUCUACCCUGCUGAAGGUGGAGUCUCCGCUGGCAGUCGACGCCGUGUUGGGAGAGUCGCCGUUCACGGUCACCGACGACAAGGUGUCCAUCACGGAGCUUCGCGUUCAUGCCAUCGCGGGCCUGACCCUGUCGCUGCAGCCCAGCCCCGGCAACAGCCACACCAUGGUGGCCAAGGCAACCGGCCUCCAGACGCUCACCAAUCCCAAACAGGAGGCCAGUUUGUCCAUCUGGAUGUAUUUCAGCGACAACACCGCUGCCCCUCUGACCUACUUUGACCCCAAAGACUACAACCUGAACGCCUCCACGCUCGAUGACAAGCUCGUGUCGGUAUCCCAGGAGCCUCAGCAGCGCUGGCCUGUGGUGGUGGCAGAAGGGGAGGGAUCUGGUGAGGCCGUGCGUGUCGAAAUGACCAUCUGUGAGGCUUGCCAGAAGACCAAGCGCAAAAGCGUCAUUGCCUCUGCUGCUGUUUUCGUGAAAGUCCGCUUUGGCCCGGAGGAAGACUCUGAGGAAGAGGCAAACACCGAGGGCGAAAUCGAGCUGGCCUCUGUCACCAGGCGACCGAUCAUCGAUUCCAACGUCGGUGGAAGAAUUUACGAGACAUCUAAUGAGCAGCCCGCCAGCGUUCCCAUAGAUUAUACCAACUUCCCCACCAGCAGCAACCAAGAGAGUACAACUGUGAGUGAAGAAGAUGACGACAAUGACUUGAUGCACUCGUCUCGAAACAUGACCGACCUGGAGAUCGGCAUGUACGCUCUACUGGGGGUCUUCUGCUUGGCCAUCCUAGUCUUUCUCAUCAACUGCAUCGUCUUUGUCCUUAAAUACCGCCACAAGCGGAUCCCGCCUGAGGGCCAGGCCAACAUGGACCACUCCCACCACUGGGUGUUCCUGGGAAACGGCCAGCCGCUGAGGGCCCAGUGUGAUCUUUCACCACAACAGGUGGAAAGUCCCAGUAACCCUCUGGAAGGCGUACAGACUUGCUGCCACGGGGACCACCACAGCAGUGGCAGCUCCCAGACCAGCGUCCAGAGCCAGGUACAUGGGCGGGGUGACGGCAGCUCUGGGGGCUCCACAAAGGAGAACGGCGAGGAGGCCAGUUCACCCACCUCCAAGCGCAAGAGGGUCAAGUUUACCACCUUUACCACCCUGCCCACAGAGGACCUGCCCUACAACUCCAUCCCCAUAGCAGAUGAGGAGGACAUUCAGUGGGUGUGCCAGGAUAUGGGUUUCCAAGACCCCGAGGAACUGCAUGAUUACAUGCGCAGAAUAAAAGAAAUAGCCUGAGAUAAGAGGUGCAGCGUGAAGCACCACUCUCAGCUUUCUAAAUAAACGUUCCUUUCUAUUUUUCUCUUUUUUCACUUAAGUGAAAGAUAAUUUUUCACAAACAAGAAGGCCAACUAUUGUUUUGGUUAGGGUUUGUUUCAUUUAGUUUGCACAGUGCUGUUAUCCCAUACACGCUCACACUUUUCAGAAUGGCAUAAAUGAAUGCAAGGAAAGCCAAAGACUUGACCAGAUGAUCUCAAUCGGCAGGAAAAAAAUGGCUUUUGGUAGAUUUUCCUUCCCUGUUGGAAGAGAAGAGAAAGGCUGUGCAAAAUAUGUUUCAAUGGGAAGCACUGUGCUAUGCCCAGAUUUGAGAAGUCCUUCUGCUCUCUCACUUUGGGGAUUGGGAUAGUAAGCCUGAUAUGGACAGGAGUGUGGAAGAAGUCUGGUAUUGGCUCUGUUUUUUGCUGGGUUAUCAGAACUCUUAAGUACUGUACCAACUCCAAACAAAGAGGCCUUUGAUGAACAAAUAACUGUCAAAGACUCAUGAAAAGCUAUGUUACGAAAUCAUUUUCUUUUUGCCAAAGUAGGAAAAACAUUCUUUUAAUGGCAAAACUUUCUUCAUUGUUGUUCUUGGUGCAGCACACUCAUGAUUUGUAUUCAAGUUCAUUCCUUACAUUUUUCUACAUUUCAUAGGUAGUCAAAAGCAGUGCCCUACUACUAGUCCUUCUGGUCCUGAACAAAUCUAAUGCCUUAUAAAAUGGUCACAGCUCACUAGUUAUUAUAUCAGCGCAGACACCCUGUUUUCUCACUAUGGCUAGAGACAGUGUAGUAAGAGCAACUAUGUAAAAUACUACGGCUGGUCUCAGACAUGUAGUAUGAAAAGAGAAGAGCUUGUAUAGUGUGAAGAUCUCCAGCAUUCUUUGCAUGUAAGGGGAUCUUGAGGCACAAUCAGAAUCUUUUUUUCCCAAAUUUGUAAAUGUUUGUAUUGUAAUUAUGUAAUCAUUCAUACACAUUACUAAAGUAAAUAUGUUACCAUGCAUUACUCGCAUGCCAUGUCAGGCCUACAUACAUGCAUACAUCCCUCCCUAGUAUAUGUAUAUACCGUAUCCAGCUGAAGUCGCCUCCAGCAUUCAACAAGUUAAUCGUCACAGGCAAGAACAGUGGGAAGCUGUCGAGGUCUUGAAACGUUUAUUGCCUCACGGCGACAGCAGAGCGCCUCUUGCUACGCCCUGGCUUUCCAACAAAAUGGUAUUACAUUUGACUAUAGAACAGAAGAAGAUUUGAAACGUAUCAGAAUUUAAUUUAUCUCAUCUUUUGAUGAUUUAUUCCCCCUCGACAAGUUCAGCUGGCCUUCAGCCGCUUCUAUUCUGGGAAAUUAAUCAUAAUUUGUAAUGUAGAUGGAAACAUUUACACCGCGAUUCUAAAAUCUGCAGGAAUUCCCAACCAAAAAAAGAAAGAGAAAAGAUUACUGAAUAAUGAUCGAGUUGCUCCACCAUUGAAAGCAUUGCCAUCCCAUGUUGUCAUGCAGUUCAUCAUACACAGCGUGUUAUGUAUGUAGUCGCUAUUUUGUUUUAUCUGUUUGAGUGAACAUGAACAUAAAGGUCACAAAUAUGCUUUGUCGUGUCUAUAUCAGCGACAGGGCCAGAGACUAGUAGCUCUUACUAUUACAAAAAUCAGCAGUACUGCUACUGACACACAAACUGUGUGGAUGCCAUGGGUGUGGUGGCGACACCAUGCAAAAGUUUUAAGUAUCUCAGGACGCUGACUGGAUUUGAUGAAUUAUAAACUCUGACAGCAGGGCUACUGGUUAUCAUGCAAAUCGAGAUGAUUGCAAACACUUGAAGCCGGUGGAUGUCAUUUGCAGAUGGGGUUUUGCAGAGGAUAUGAUUGUUGUUGGUGUGUUGAGCUUUUUAAGGUGUACUGACGUGAGUUUUAAACAUUUCAAAAAAAGAAAAAAGAAAAAGAAAAAACAGAAUGAAGUGAGAGGAAGCAGAAUAUUUCAAGUCAUGAUUUCAACCAAAACAUCG